CCAUCUUUGACAGUUGGUGUCAGUUAGGGAAGAGAGAGCCACGUCCCAGGACUGGAGAAGACGCAGGCAAAUAGACUGCUUCAUUUCAGUGAUAAUAUCAGCUAGUAAAUAAGAUAAGAGAUGAUUGGUGAGACAUAGUAACCUAACACAUAAGGAGGAAACACGCUAUUCAUCCAUUGCUGUUUCCAGUAGUGCUGAGACAGAUACCUAUUGGAGAACGCUGUUGGAAAACUCAGUAGAACAUGAUUCCAUUGUCUGAACUCAAGAGUUUCAGUGCACAGGACCCUGCUCUGCGGAUCUUGAAACCAUGGUGGGAUGUUAUGUCUGAUUACAUCAAUAUCUUUAUGCUUAUGCUAUCCAUGUUUGCUGCCAGUCUGCAUAAAAUGCUGUGUACUCCUAUACCACCAAGUCAUCAUCAAGGAUCUAUUGCUGUUAACCUUACCUCAUCGAGUGGAGUGCAAAGUUACCUGUUCCCAUCACGUUACAAGACAGAGCUGGAUUUCCAGUACUAUUUACUGAUCAAUCAAUGGUGCUAUGAUAAUGUAGUCCUUUCUUACUCAAGGUUCUUUCCUUAUCUUAUCCUGACCAACUCAAUGAUUUUCUUGAUUACCAGCAACUUUUGGUUUAAGUUUCCAGGAACAAGUUCAAAAAUCGAUCAAUUCAUCUCUUGUUUGGGAAAGUGUCUAAACUCACCAUGGACCAUUAAAGCCCUUUCAGAGACAGUGUAUGAGCAAAUGCCUCAAUUAUCUAUCAAAGUAGACAAUUCUUCUUCAGUAAUACCAUCUGCAUCUAUGCUCAAAAUCAAUGAAUUGCCUGAAACACCACCAAUCUCACAGGAAGACACAACUUAUAUCCAUUUUGAAGAAGCUGAGAAACCAAAAGAGAUGUCUAAUGGUACCAAGACACUUGCUGGAGCUGUGGUGGACACAGGAGAAACUAUGAAAAUUCUGGACAAGAAAGAAGGUGAACAGGCCAAGGCUCUUUUUGAGAAAGUUAAAAAGUUCCGUCUUCACACAGAAGAAAAAGACAUACUUUACAGCAUGUACAAGAGGCAAACUAUUCUCAGAUUGCUGGAGGCAACAGCGUUUAUGGCAUAUGUUUCAUAUUAUACACCACGCAUGAAGUAUGUGGUCCACUGUGUAGAGCCAUUAAAUAUUACCGGCUACACCAAUUAUUAUUGUAUCCAUAGUUUGUGGAGAAUGUUCAGCAUGUUAUCCAUUGGCUACCUGUUUGUACUGUGCAUUUACACCUGUAUAUGCUUUUAUACAGUAAGCUGGAUCUUCUACUACAAGCUAAAGGAAUACUCAUUUGAAACUAUACGGAAAGAGUCAGGCAUAGAUGAUAUCCCUGAUGUAACCAAUGACUUUGCCUUUCUCCUUCACUUGAUCGACCAAUAUGAUAAGCUUUACUCCUGGAAAUUUGCAGUCUUCCUGUCUGAUGUAAGUGAGACCAAGUUGCUUCAAGUUAACCUAAACCAUUAUUGGAACCAGGAGAAACUGAAGCAGUGCUUGACUAUUAACUCACAGGGAAAAACAGAGCUUCGACUAUGCAGGAUGCCUGGCAUCCCAACACAGGUCUUUGAUUUGGUAGAGAUUGAGGUAUUGAAGCUUGAUACCAUCAGCAGUACGACUUUAACAGCAGCUAUUUCCAAUUUAAGAUUGCUGAAGGAAUUGUGGGUGACUGACAGUAAAGUGAACGUGGAAACACAAGCUCUGAUCUUUCUACAGAAGAACAUAGAAAUUCUGAGAGUGAAUUUCAGCAAACCAGAUGAGGUGCCAUCAUGGAUGUAUAAUCUUUCAUGUCUGCAGGAGCUAUAUAUUAGUGGCCGCCUACAGUUGGAAAAUAAGAUAACAAUUGUUUUACAGCCCUUCAAGGAUCUUACUCAGCUCAAAUUUCUUUCUCUCAAGCUCUAUACACCCAUAAUUCCUCCAGCUGUACUGGAUUUGGUCUAUACUCUUAGAAGUCUUACAAUCCAUAAUGAAACUUGUAAAUUGUCCUCUGUUACCAACCUGAAGAAGUUCACAAAUCUAAUAAACCUUAGGUUACUCUACUGCCAGUUGGACCGGAUACCCAGUUCUGUAUUUAGCCUGGUGAAACUCCAGAAUUUGGACCUUAGCAAUAACAGCUUGAGCUCCCUGGUGGAACUUGCUAGCUUCCAGCAGUUGAAGAACUUGGUUUGUCUGCGUCUUUCCAAUAAUAAGAUCUCUGCUAUCCCUCCACACAUUGCUAAAUUAGCCAGCCUAGAAAUUCUAUACAUAAGUAGAAAUCAACUCACAGAAAUUUCUGUAGCAGUCUUCAAGCUGACCAGACUGUCCCAUUUGGAUGUGUCUAAUAAUGAGAUCUGUAUCCUACCAACCGAGAUUGGACAGCUUGUAAACCUGGAGUACCUCUCUGUAUCUCACAAUAGGCUGACUUCACUGCCCAACCAUCUUUUCUCCUGCAUUAAGCUCCAGACUCUGAUACUUUCUCAUAACCACAUUUCUGUAAUUUCACCACUUAUUGGAGAGUUAAUACAAUUAACAUAUCUAGAUAUUAUGGACAAUAAACUUGAGAAACUGCCUGCAGAACUAGAAAAAUGCUCCUAUCUCAAGAGGAAUCAGCUGCUAGUCGAGAAGGAGGUCUUUGACACAUUACCCCAGGAUGUGAAGGAGAAGAUGAAGACUUCUACCAACAAUGGUGCAAGUGCUUAGCAAUCAGAAGUCAGAAGAAUAUCUCACUCCACACAGAAGAAGCAAUGCAGACUAUAGACACCGAGACGUUCAAACUCAACAUUUGAUUUCUAUUUGCCUAAAAAAACCUCUGAAACUGAUCUUUCUGUAUAUAGUUUACUUGUGUUUUAAAUCUCAAACCAGUAAUUUCUUUCAGUAGAAUAAAAACAAAUGAAUAUA